GGAGAGAGAAGGCGAGAAAAUUCUAUGCUUCCCCCAACUCUGUUUGUUUGUCUUCUUCCUUGCCCUUCCAAAAAAAAUCCUCCCGAUCUGUGCAGUCUCUCUUCCUAACUCAGACUCUGCCCAAUUAAAUGUUCUGUAGAUCCAAGUAACAGUCUCGCUUCUGCUACCACUGCUUCCUCGCUGGUCGUGAUUCCACAUUUGACCUCCUUCGCCUUAUCUCUUCGUCUCCCCCGUCGAGAUCGCUGUUUAUUCAACCACUCUCUCUGACUUCCGCGCGUUGAAGGGAUUUUGACGCCUAAUUUUGGCAACUUGGGGUCAAGCUGCUGUCAAAUGUGCUUGUGGGAGCGCUGACCUUCUGCUUCUCCGGAGUUUCAGAGCUUGAGUUGAAUUUUGGUUGUUAAUGUGCGCGUGGAGUUGCUGCUGUUAGAGAUCAACUACGCGCUCUUAUGGUAGUUUAGGGUUCGGGGGUUGUUUCGCGCAGGAGGAAAAGUUGGAGACUUGCAGAGGGUUAUCUAUUUUGCUGCAUCUGAAUGGUACAGUUUACGUGAUUGGGUGGAUUGUCGUCUCUUCCACUGCUGGUUUCCCAAGUCUUCAAUGCCGGGUGGGAUUUUGGCGGCGGGAAGUAAGAAUGAUGGGAGCAGUUAAUGAUUUAAUGGAGUAAUGAUUAUGGUAAUUUAAGUUUUUUCAAGCUCUGCGGAGGCGGAACUAGGUUUUCUGAGUUACUCGUGAUGAGAAUUUGUAGUGAACUGUUAAUUUAGAAGGGGUUUAAGGUGUUUGGACAAAGAGAGAGAUGCCGCCGUCUCCAGCUAUGAGAUUCUCUCCUGGGAGAGAGCUGAAAGCUGCUGAUAACCACAAGCGAGGCCGGAGUCUUGAAGGUGGGAUUUUGUUCAAGGAGAGAGAUGAUGAUCUUGCUUUGUUCAAUGAGAUGCAGAGCAGGGAAAAGGAGGAUUUUUUGCUCCAGUCGACUGAUGAUUUUGAAGACUCAUUUUCAACGAAGUUGAGAUACUUCUCGGAUUUGAAACUGGGGAUCUCCGUUCCUGGGCGUGGGGAGAGUAGCGAGCUGAUGAAUGCAGAAGAGGACAAGAAUGACUAUGAUUGGUUAUUAACUCCUCCAGACACUCCUCUGUUUCCUUCUCUGGAUGAUGAGCCACUGCCACCGAAUGUUCCAUCCAGGGGCAGGCCUCGAAGUCAACCUAUUUCCAUAUCAAGAUCAUCCACGAUGGAGAAGAGUUACAGAAGCAGCAGGGGCAGUGCUAGUCCAAAUCGUUCAAGUCCAUCGCCUCGCUCUGGUAGUAAUACAAUUCAGUCAAGGGGAAGGCCAUCUUCUGCACGUAACUCUAGUCCAACUCCUAGUCAACGACCCGCCACCCCAUUACACAGGCCAUCUACUCCUUCACCAAAUAAAGCCUCACCACCUGCCCCAAGGUCUUCUACACCAACUCCAAGGAGGGCGAGCACAGGGUCAGCGACAAGAGGAGUUUCUCCAAUACGGACUACUACAAGGGGGAAUUCUGUUUCUCCUAAAGUGAGGGCAUGGCAGUCAAAUAUACCUGGUUUCUCCUCUGAAGCACCACCUAAUCUUCGUACUUCUCUGGGCGAUCGACCAGCAUCAUACGUGAGGGGCACCUCGCCAGCAUCUAGGAAUGGAAGAGACUCAAGCUCAAGAGUUGGCAGGCAAUCGAUGUCUCCAACUGCUUCUAGAAAUGCCAGUUCUUCACACAGUCAAGAUCGAGAUAGAAUAAGUUCAUACAGCAGAGGUUCUGUUGCCUCAUCUGGUGAUGAUGAUGUGGACUCUUUACAGUCCCUUCAUGUGGGCAGCUUAGAUCGAUUAGCAUCCAGAAGAGUUGGUGCGAUUUCGAGCAGCAAAGUGUCAGCAACAUUGCCAAAGAAGCCAGCUAGAACAUUCUCCCCAAGUUCUGCUCCAAAACGGUCCUUUGACUCUGCAAUUCGUCAAAUGGAUCAUCGGAAAAGUCCACAGAAUAUGUUUAGGCCUCUGCUGUCAAGUGUCCCAAGUACCACCUUUUACACUGGAAAAGGAAGUACUGCCCAACGCUCAUUGGUGUCUAGGACUUCUUCAGUUACAACCAGUAGUAAUGCAAGCUCCGAUCAUGGAGGUAGUGCUGCAAUUGAUACUGAAGGAAGUGACCGCCUUCAUGAUGAUGUGGUGGUUGAAAGUGGGAAAGACCUAUAUUUGACUGUUCAGGAAGAUAUAUUUGCCUUUGAUAGGGCAGAUGACCUAAAUAAAGAUGUUGGGCAUGUCAUAGAGGAUUUGGUGCCUCAGUCUCAGCUUCAAGAUCUUGAUAGAGAUCUUGCAGUUAGGAGUGAGGAUGGGGACUUUGAAGAGUUAAGCCACCGACAUGUUGAUAUGGAAGUCGGUUCUCCAUCUGACACUUCAUGUGCAAGGACUUUCUCAGAAGUUGACAGUUUGAAUAACCUUGGAAACUUGAAGAUUUGUUCUAGGUGUGGUUGCAAAUACAAUGAUGUCGAGGCAUUGGAGACCUGCAUCAAUCUGUGUGUAUACUGCAGCAAACAAGACACUAUAAUAACUACUGAGAACCGUCUGCAAUUGUCCGUUAGUAAAGGCAAAGAAGGGAGUACAAAGAUGGAUGAAUCAGAGCUAGAUUCUGCUGUAACGGAGCUGCGAUCCCAAACUGACAAUGCGAGUUAUGUUAGUGAUAGUGUCCUGCAUGAAGUCUUAGGCAAGCAAAUUGAUAAUUCAAGCAAUGAGCAGAGCCUUAUGGACCCACAAGUAGAGUGGUUUGUUGCUAUGUCAGCAGAAGAGGGAGAUAAGCAGAAGAUGGUCGGCAAGAAAGUAACUAAGGAACCAACUCUUGGCCGCAGCUUCUCCGAUAUUGUCACUGGAAGUCAGCAAUUGUCAAACUGCAAUGAAUUCCGUACCUUGAAAGUUGAUCUUGUCGAAGGUGCUGGCAUUUCUGUAGUACUAAAGAAAUCCAGCAGCAGUAAAGGGCCUGUUUUCCAAGGCAGGAGUUUUACAGCCUCUACCCUUAGUUAUGAUGACGUGUCUUACACUCGAGACAGUGCAUACAGUUUGAGAAGCUCCUUCGGCCAUGGUAGCACAUCUGGAUCGUCUUCUGUCGAUCUCUCCUCAUCAGUUAGGCAAAUUGAGACCACCCGAUUGCAGCGGCAAUUGAGUGGGAAGAAAUCUGAUAUUGAAGGCACUAGACCUCAAAGUAGUGGGUCAUCGUUUUCUGGGUCUCUUAAUAAUCUUGCUCGUCAAGCCUCAGACCUUGUGACUAGUACAGGUGAGGAGAGUGUUUCAGGUUCUCAAGAUAACGAAGUGGAAGCCCCGAAUUUGUAUUCUUCCACUGGUCAACCGAUUUCCGAGGAAACUUUAUGUGAGAGAACAGACAACAGCAGGACCAUGGAUGCUUCUACAUCACAGUUUGAAGAGCAUUCUGAAUCAUAUUCCACUUCGAAGAGCGUCCCGUUGUAUGGAAAUGAGGUAGAGUAUCAAGACAAUGCAAGAAAUAUCUCAGAUACAGAUGCAUCGUCUCCCUUAGAGUCCUCAGUUGAAGCAGAAAAUGGCAUCACUAACACGAGUGUCGAUCACAAUCAUACUCCCGAGGUUCCCAGUCACAGUCGGCUGGCAUCAAUAUCAGAGAUUGAAAGUGAGGAUCACGGUCAAAGUCCUCCAUGCUCAGAAUUAAAUGAUCUUUCUGCAAACUUGAGAAGUAUGACAGACGGAUUUGAGGAUCCUUCAGUUUCUGCACCAUCAGAUAAAGAUGCCACUGCUUCCGUCCUGCAAACCAACUCUUCAGAUCACGAACUUCGUGUUCUAGAUGAAUCCACUGUGAUGGUGGAAUGUCACGGAGGGAACAAGGUGGGGAGAAGCCUAACCCUCGAAGAAGCUACCGAUACCAUACUCUUCUGUAGCUCCAUUGUCCACGACCUGGCUUAUCAAGCUGCAACAAUAGCCAUUGAAAAAGAACUCUCAGUCCCAUUGGAAGAUACACGGCCAACAGUUACCAUCUUGGGGAAAUCCACUCCUGAUAGAAAGGAUACCCGCGUUGGUGGAAGAACCAGACGGAGCUUAAAACCUUCCAAAGUGAAGCAGCAGCAGAAGCAAGUAGAUGCCUCCGUGAAAAGCCCUUCCUCUGUGAAGGUAGUAGAGAAUGACGAGAAUGCGGACGAUUCCAUGGUGCGGAACGUCGGUCUUCCUAAUAGAAUGGAUAGUUCGAAGCCUCCAAAGCUGGAAUCCAAGUGCAAUUGCACAAUAAUGUGAAGGAAUGAAAGUCUAGCUCUGGUUUCUGUAUGUUGAUUAGAAAUGGCUUCUCUUUAUUUUUGGGGUGGGUUUGAAGUGAAAGAUCGCCAAUUGAUUUUCCAAAUUUAUUUGUAAGAAAAAAGCACAAAAAUUGAUGUGUUUGUUGGGUAACAUAAGCUGUAAAGUUUCUUGUAUUUGUUGUUAGGUUGAUUGUUAGCGGAAUGAGUAAAAAAGAAAAGAAAAGAAGGCAGUUGCCACUUGUGGUUUGUUCUAGCUUGUGACUUGGGUAAGCUUCACUUGAUGAGUGUAAUGAUUGUGAGAAGUUUUGGCUUGGAUUCAAAGAUUUCUAGCUAGGGUAUGGAGAU